AUGCAUCACGCCGCACAGCCGGGGGCAUCGCAUGUCGAUACACACCGUCCCGCUCUCUUCAUCUUCGCCUUUCCUUCCGCGUUCGCUGGUCGUUCUUCCGUUAAUUUCCCUCCCUCUCCUGACCUUGACACGUUCCUGGUGGACGCCCUUCCCUUCGUUCUCUCGCCGCCUUCCUUUCCUGCUACACACAACUCAAACAACCACUUGGCUAUGUCUGCCCUCGCCCUCCCGCUCAUCCUCUCUUUUCUCUCUCUCGCUUCGGCUGCCCCCACGCCCGAUAAAGUAACCGUCAUGCUCCCGUUCGCCGACGCGGCGCCUGUCUCCGCAAAGGUCCUCGGCGUCGAUGGCGCUGGACACACGACAUACGAGGUCGUUGCGCCGGUCACGAUGGGCGGCGGCACCGUCGCGGGCUUCACUGCCACUGCAACACUCGUUGCCGGCCCAUCUUACGUGGCCCUCUCCGAGGCGGCGAUGUACCCCGCAGCCUCGGCAAUGGUCCUCAACGGGAUCGCCUGCAGCAUGGACGGCGCGAGCGCUGCAUGCGCGAUGCAGACGCUGGUCGGAAGCCAGUUCAGCACCGCGACAAUGGCGCUGCCGACCGCGUCGCUGCAGGCCGAGGUGCUGGACGUGCUGCCGGGCGGCGCUGUCAACAACGCCGCCGCUGAUCCGAGUGCGAGUGGCAGCAGUGCCGGUGCCGGAGCGAGCGGCGCCGCGGGGAGCAGUGCGGCGAAUAGCGCUGGGAGCAGCUCGACCGGCAGCAGCGCCGCGCCGGCCGGGACGACGCCGGCGGGUAGCAAUACGAGCGGCGCACCGCCGGCGCAGUCCAGCAAGUCGGCGGCGGGCCGCGGUGUCGCGCUUGGGCCGGCGGGCAUGGGCGUGAGUCUUGUGGUUGGCGUGGCUUCGCUGGUCGGCGCAUUGCUGGUGGUGUAG